CUCUUCUCAACUAGUUUAGGUUGGUAGUACUGUGCUAGAAUCGAAUCCACUGCUCAUUUGAUCUUAGUGACGGUGCCGCUCGAUUGUUUGUAGUGCCGGGUUGAGUAGUGUUUCGUCGUUUAAAAUAAUUGAUGAAAUGGCUCACAAAUUACUGACAGACAAAAUACUGCCGCUAGUUUUUAACAAAGGCGAAUCAAAGUUCGUGGCGUGCAAGUUAGAUUUAAAUUCGGUCGGGGAGGACCAAAUGCAGUCUAGUGUGGUAUUUCUGACAGCAGUUGUAACCAACGGAGAUGAGAGGAAAGAGAUUCCCUUAGUUGUUAAAUUCGAACCGACUAACGAAACGGUCAGAACCUACCUUCGUACCGAUGUGCAAUUUUAUGUAGAAGUGUUACUUUAUGAACAGUUCUUACCACUGUUGAACAGACAAAACAUAGUUCAGGAAUGUUUCGCGAAGUUUUAUCACGGUGUUGGAUCUGACAAAAAUAAAGUUGUGGUUCUUGAGGACCUGAGGCCAAGAGGAUAUAGACUUGCUAAAGAGAAGGCAUUCAUGGAUUACGAUCAUUUGGCUCUGGCUAUGGCCAAGUUGGGGAAAUUCCAUGCGUUGUCAUUCGCUGCCAAGAACGACACCCCAAAUGAAUUUUUUAACUUGGUCAAGAGUCUAAAAGAAUCGUCCUGGGUAGAAGACAACCCUUUCUACUACGUGAUCAAGUCCUGCGUCCACAGAGCAGUAGACCCUAUUAUAAAGAAAGGAAAACACGUAGAGGUCCUGAAAAGGUUCUUAGAUCGUAUCGAUGACAGCGUUUGUAACUUCAUGUUGGACCUGGUGACGUCAGAGGAACCGUUGGCUGUCCUCUGUCACGGAGACUUUUGCAGGAACAAUAUCCUUUUCAAGUACACCGAAGGAAAACCAACUAAUGUGAAGUUCUUUGAUGUCGCCACGGCCAGAUACUCCUCUACAAUGAUUGACAUAUCGUUCUUCCUCCUCCUGAACAGUUCACCUCAAGUUCGACAAGCCCACUUGGAAGAUCUCCUGACGAUAUACCACCAAGCUCUCUCCACCGCCGUACCCGGGACCACAGUCCCCUCGUUGGAAGACAUCAAGGAAGAAUUCUCCAAGAAGGCCCUCUACGGUUUCAUGCACUGCUCGUUCUUCCUGCCGAUUAUGUAUUUCGACGAAAAUCCUUUCUCCGACCUCGACUCCAUCUGCGAAUCUGAAGAGGAGAUGGCACAGGGUCACUUAGCAGUGGGGGGCGAUGCUGGGACGAAACUCCUGUCUGAUAUGGUCGAGGAGUUGGUCGAAAGAGGGUGCUUGUCUAUGCAACACAGUUUUCUGCAAAGUAGGUAGAACUUGGGAUGUAAAACAAUUUUAGUUCGUGGAGGUCUACAUAAUAACAAUUCGAACAUAUUCAUGUCAGCACUGAUUUUAUUAACGAGUAUAUGGCAUGCUUAUUAACGCUUUUAGAAAACAGAUAAAGAAUCUAACCAAAAAGUUAAAUUUACAAUUUUAAUUGGCGUAUAGGCUACACUCAUAUAAGCAUGUUUAUCCGCACUGGACCUACCCGAUCUAGGCUUUCGUUCCUGUUUUAGAAUUGGAUGUAAAUAAGCGAAGCAAACAUGUUAUUACAUAAUCAGAAUAUUUCUUAUUUGGCGGUAAAGAAAAUGGAAAUAAGUAAGCCAUUCAUUGAAAGUACGGUUAGUUUUAUUAAAUGCAGAAUUAAUCUCAUUGUAGCCUACAGUUGUCGUGACAUUUCAUUAUUUUUCGUUUCUAAAGUUCGGAAGGGAAGAUGAACAAUUCCAUGUAAUAUUGAACUCGUCUACUGUAUACACAAAGUAAACUUUCUUAUAUAAAUGCAAUUGAAUUUAAUUUUCUUUAAAAAAAUUAAACUGUUUUAUAUCUAAACAACAUGGUUAUAGCCACUGAAAACGAUUUCUGGCAUUUUCAUAUAGAGAUUAUUCCAUUUUAUUUGGGAACAGAUUCAAAUAAAGUUAUAUUAACUGUU